GGUCGCAUCUUCCGAGACCUCUCCCUGCCUGAGGUGGGCCCAGCAGAGCGUUCUGCUUUGUAUAUUGCAAUGAUAGAAACUUUGGCCCACUUGCACUCCUUUGAUUUACAGUCAUUGGGUCUCCAAGGAUAUGGGAGAGGACCGGGAUACUGUGGAAGACAGGUAUCAACUUGGAAAAGACAGUAUGAUGCAGCUGCUCAUACAGAUAUCCCAGCCAUGAACAAGCUGGCUGAGUGGUUAGCAAACAACUUGCCACCUGAUGAUAAUGAAGAAAGCCUGAUUCAUGGGGACUUCAGAAUAGAUAACAUCAUCUUCCACCCAACAGAGGCUCGUGUUUUGGCAGUGCUGGACUGGGAACUUUCAACUGCUGGUCAUCCUCUAGCAGAUUUAGCAUAUGCCACUCUGUUCUACUUUUGGCCUACAUCUGUGAAGGGCUUGGGUCAAGGAACUCUCUUGGGUUUCAAAGACACCAUAGAAACCCCCUCAUUUGAAGAACUGGUUUCCAUUUACUGCCGCUGCCGGGGCAUCAGCACUACUAUAGCCAACUUUAACUUUUUUCUUGCUUUGUCAUAUUUUAAAAUGGCAGCAAUAUCUCAGGGCAUAUAUGCUAGAUAUCUCAUUGGAAAUGCUGCUGCAGAGAACAGUCAUGAAUUUGCUAAGCUUGUGAAGCCUUUGGCAGAGAAAGGGUUAGAGCUCUCAGAAAGGUCAUCUUUUAGUAGCACAGAUCACAGCACCUCUGGAGAGCUGUUCCGUCAAAGCAGGAAAGGCCAAGAAAUGUUGCUGAAGGUGAAGCAGUUCAUGCAGCAGCACAUAUAUCCAGCUGAGAAGGAAAUAAUAACAUACUAUGCUGGACAUGGAAAUACUGAGGAUAAAUGGAAGAAACCACCACUGCUUGAGAGACUGAAGGAAAUGGCCAAAGCAGAAGGUCUGUGGAACCUUUUUCUCCCAGAUGUCAGUGGUCUCAGCCAGCUUGACUAUGCGCUAAUAGCUGAGGAGACUGGAAAAUGCUUCUUUGCUUCUGAGGUUUUCAACUGUCAUGCUCCAGACACUGGGAACAUGGAGGUCCUGCACAUGUAUGGGACUGAAGAGCAAAAGAAAGAGUGGCUGGAGCCUCUCCUAGAAGGGAAGAUUAGUUCUUGCUUCUGCAUGACAGAACCUGAUGUGGCUUCAAGUGAUGCCACCAAUAUGCAGUGCAGCAUUGAGCGAGAUGGAAACACUUAUGUGAUAAAUGGCAAGAAGUGGUGGAGCAGUGGUGCUGGAAACCCAAACUGCAAAGUGGCAAUUGUAAUGGGCAAAACCAGAAACUCCUCAGCAUCCAGGUACGAGCAGCACAGUAUGAUUAUUGUUCCCAUGGACACUCCAGGGCUGAAGCUGAUAAGACCUCUCUCAGUGUUUGGCUACCUGGAUGAGAUCCAUGGAGGACAUUUUGAGAUCCACUUUAAUGAUGUGCGAGUCCCUAUCUCCAAUAUAAUACUGGGGGAGGGCAGGGGGUUCGAGAUCGCCCAGGGUCGGCUGGGGCCCGGCCGAAUUCACCACUGCAUGAGGUCUCUCGGCACGGCAGAAACCGCUCUGCAGCUCAUGUGCCAGCGCGCAGCGCAGAGGGAGACCUUUGGGAGGAAACUCUAUCACCAUGAGGUUGUUGCCCACUGGAUUGCUGAAUCUCGCCUCAGCAUAGAACAGGCUCGGCUGCUCACGCUGAGAACAGCCAGCAAGAUUGACGCACUGGGCAACAGAAAAGCAAGGAAAGAGGUAGCCAUGACCAAAGUGGUUGUCCCUCGAGCCGUGCUUAAAGUGAUUGACUGUGCAAUCCAAGUGUUUGGGGGAGCGGGAGUUUCCCAGGAUUUUCCUUUGGCUUUUAUGUAUGCCUACAUCCGGACCUUGCGCCUGGCAGACGGGCCCGACGAGGUUCAUCUCUCGACCAUCGCAAGGUGGGAACUGCUUGAGCAGUCCAAGAAGCUAACUGCAAAAAUCUAA